CUCCCGCCGAAGAACUGCCUCCUCAGGGCGCAGCGGCUUUGCCACCAGAGCCGGACGACGCAGCGUCAGAGGCGGCAUCGGGCUCCGAGGAGCGCGGCGACGAGAUUGGUUCCGAGCUCGGCGUCAAACAGGAUGAGCUUGAGAGUGCCAAGCGUGAGCUUGAGGAGGAAGAGGCUCCACCGCAGGGCGCGGUAGCCAAGGUUGAGAAUGAGGAGCGCUCGCCCGAGGCGGCAGCGCCGCAGGCGGAGGAGGAGGAGGCAGCUCAGGACGAUCCGCCAGCAGGCGCUCCCCAGGUAGGGGAGUUCGUGGAUGUGCAUGGCAUCGAGGAUAGCAUCGUGCGUUGCAACCGCUGCUGUCGCACGGCAAAGGAGUGCAACUACAGGAUCAGGGCGAAGGGCCAGUCGACUUACCAGUGCGACGCGUGCAACACGAACGGGGUGCGCCUUUCUCGGAGGUUCGGACAGUGGCCGCCAAAGUGUUUCGCCAAAAUGAAGAGUGAGUUCAAGCAGCAGUUCUACAAGGAUCUGGCAGAAGAUCCUGGGCUGUCGAACCUCGAUCGCAUUGAAGCCUUCGUGGUCAGCUCAAUCACUGUCCAACGGAUGGAGGAGGAGCGCGUCCGCAAGGGUGGCAAGUACCUUCCGCUGAGGAAGUGGGCGCACGACGGCUUCGACGCGAAAAAGAUUGAAGAUAAUGUGCAGGAUAAGAGGUGGAACCCUGAUCUCGGGGAGUGGACGUACAGGCCGCAAUUGGAGGCGGCCUGGAGCGAGACAGUGGAGGCCGCAGUGCGCAACGAGCUGUACACCGAUAAGAGGACGCAGGCGAAGCAGAGCGGCCCGCGGGCAGCGGCCUCGACGGGCGUCGCAGAGCACGGCGGCGACAAGGGCGACAGAAGCGACGAGAGCGACAUGUCCAGAUCCAGGAGCCGCUCGCGCGGCGACCGCGACAGGAGCAAGAGCCGCCGCAAGGGCAGGAGCAAGAGCCGCGGCAAGAGCAAGGACAGGAGCAAGAGCAGGGAUAAGGACGCUGAGAAGGAGCGGAGGCGACAGGAAGCGAGGGAGAAGGCCGAGCAGGCCAAGAAGGAGACGCAGGAGAAAAACCUGGCGCUGAAGUGGAUCGGCACCGCAACGAGGCUCGAGACAGAGCUGGACGGGUACCUCGAGCAUGAGAAGGCGGACAAGGUGCCGUCAUGGGCUGUGAAGAACGCGAAGGCGGCGAGGAAGUCUGUGGCAGUCAUGAAGGCGGUGGCGCAGAAGCGCGUGCACAGCGGCGUGGCGUUGACGAUCACGCAGGACGAGGCCAUCAGCAUCCAGAAGGAUGCGAGCUCGGCGGCGAGGGCCAUCGCGGGGAUGCUCAAGGAGGCGCAGAAGCACAGCACCUGA